AUGAUCUGGCCUGACUACACCCAGCCUGCCGACACCCAGCCUGACGACACCCAGCCCCUGGCUGUCGAGACGCCGCUUGUCUAUUAUGGUGUCCCACUUUCUAACCGUUUACUUAAACUUACAAUCCUUAAGCGCGUCAAACGGUUUCCAGCUGAUGACCCCGAGGGAGAGGCGCACAAGAAAUUGCUCUUUGACCUAGGGGAAACCACGCCAUUUACCCGGGUUGACGCAGCCUUUAGCACGGAGGUCCCUGACUUCGCGAACCCCGAAGUUUACAUUGAUUAUAAGGGCGUGGUGUUUGAUGCAAUUUUGUACGACACACUCCUCACAGGGCAACAAAUCUUCUGCCGCAUCCAACUGCUGGUCGGCCAAAACGGACAUGUCAUGACCUUCAUACGACAGGGCACGGUUGAUACAAACGGGGAGUCAACUGCGCAAAACCACGCAGAUCUACAAGCUGGAAUGAAUUUCUUUUUGAAAACAUUCUUUGAUGAGACCGGCUUAACCUGGGACGAUCGGCUUGCUCAUCCCAGACACAGGAAGCUGGAUUUUCUUGACGGCGACUACGCAGCGGAUAGUCCUGUGUACAAGAGCGAGGAAGAGGCACGCCUGGAAUUCGAUGCAGAUAUUCCGCCGCCACUGCAAGACUUGCUCUCUUGUAUGUUCGACCGCCCUUUCUUCAAAAAGACUCUUCAAUGUGAGAUCGCCUUUGAAACCAGCGCGCGCAAGUUGGAAUUUAUCCAGCUGUCAAGUGUCAACUCGGCUUUUGAUAUUCUAAAGGAAAUUGCUGAGGGCAUUACGCUUUCAGUCGGCCAACGAAGGGAAGGCAUGUGCUCAUUUGAUGAGGCACUUGUUUCGCUCACUGAUCGGUACCGCGAGUUUAUUCCGGCUUGCUGGGGGCCUCGCCCAAACGUAAUCAGAACGAUGGAAGAUGUCAAAUAUGAGAUCGACACGGUCAUGACCCUGCUCGAUAUGAGUGCCGCAGAGGAAAUCAUGUCCGGUAUUGUCGAACUAGCCGGUCCAAGGGCUGCGAUGGAGAUGGAGAUCGAGAACCUCCCAAUGAAGGAAAUUGUUGCCUUGGAUCAUUCGUCAACUGAGUUCAAAGAGCUGGAGACCUAUUUGCAAGCGUCACGUGGCAUCACACACGACAUUGAAUUCAGGGUUCUAAACAUCUUCCGGAUUGAGCGUCGGGGUGAGGAAAGGAAUUUCAGAAAAUCCAAAUUCGCCAACCUCGAAGGCAGCGACCGUCGUCUCCUUUGGCGCGGCUCACGCGUGGUCACCUAUGGGGGCAUCCUCAAACACGGCCUUCGCGUCCCAUCUCUCCACGCACCCGCCAACGGGUUCUUGUUCGGACAAGGUCUCUACCUAUCUGAUUGCUCCAGCAAGGCUGGCGCAGACACCCAGUACAAAAACGUCAACGUCAGGAAAGACGGCAUAUGGACGGGUCUUCUUCUGCUUUGUGACGCCGAACUUGGCCCUAACAUGCUUGAGCUUGACAGCAGUGACCCUACUGCUCAAAAGACAUGUACGUGGUAUAAGCCUUGCACGGGGGGUGGCCCCAUCCCUAAAGAUGAUCGCAAGAUUCAGAAGAUUUCCACUCUUGGAAAAGGUCGCUUCACUCCUGCUGGGUGGAAAGAUGCCAGUUGUGUCAAUCCGGCUUUGAAGGGUGUGAAAAUGCCAGAUGGAAGACCCCAAGUUGUCGACGAUUCUGUCUCUGGUGAGCUCCAGUACAAUGAAUACGCCAUUUAUGAUGAGGAUCAGAUUCGUCUGCGAUACUUGUUCCACUGUGAAAUGAGACGGGGGUGCACUUCGUAA